CCGCCGGAUUACAUUGAGAAGAGGAUAGGGUAUGGUUAAUUGGUUACCACAAUUCAUUACGCCAAUCAACUCUUUCAUGUUUUGCCUUUUUGGCAGACUGAGGACGAUAAGAAGAAGAAGAAGAAGAAGAAAUCAGAAACCCGAGCAAGCAUUAUCAAAUACUCUAAAAAAGUGAGAAGAUGACAGAACCAAAUCAAGAAGCCAUGCACCACCACCACCACCUCCCACAAAGAAUAAUCCUUGUCCGCCAUGGAGAAUCACAAGGCAACCUAGACACAGCAGCUUACACUACAACGCCUGACAACAAAAUCCCAUUAACUCCUUUGGGUCUAGCACAAGCUCGACAAGCUGGGGAUCACUUGUACAACAUAAUCUCCAAUGACGAGAACAAGAACUGGAGGGUUUACUUCUAUGUGUCACCAUAUGAUCGGACAAGAUCAACACUUAGAGAGAUUGGACGGUCGUUCAAGAAAGAGAGGAUUAUUGGGGUAAGAGAAGAGUGCAGAGUAAGAGAACAGGAUUUUGGGAAUUUUCAAGUGAAGGAGAGAAUGAAGGUUAUUAAAGAGUCUAUAGAGAGGUUUGGGAGGUUCUUUUAUAGGUUUCCUGAAGGAGAAUCUGCUGCUGAUGUUUUUGAUCGCGUUUCAGGUAUGUUUCUUUCCGUUCGUUUUGUUUAGUUUGAUUGAUUUCUGUUGAUGGGUUUUUGUUUUUUAGUUGAAAUGAAGAUUAGAGUAAUGCUAAUAGAAAUAUAAGGAAGAAAUCAAAAUGGGGUCCUCUUAAAAUCUGUAAAAAUUGCUUCUUGUCCUGCAUUUUCUUGUUUUUCCUUUUUGGUUUUGCUGUGUAGUUUGAUUAAUUUGUGUUAAUUGGCUGGUUGAAGUGGAUGUAGAACGAUGGUUAAUAAAAAAUAAGGAAAAGGAAUUGCGGCUUUAUUAAAAUCAUUUUUUUUUUCUUGUUUCUUAUUUGGCUUGUUUAUACUGUUUAUUUGAUUACUUGAGCUUUGCUUUUACUUAUUAG